GUUUUGUGUUCAUUCCAUAUCAAAAUAGCCUCUUGGGUUUUAGAAGAGGAAUCAAAGAAAUGUCUAGUUUUGUGUUGUCAUUUGCAAUUUGGUUUUCUUUUAUUUCUUGUCUUCUUUCUUCUUCUUCUCAAGCUAGAUGGCAUCAUCACACCAAACAAAAACACUCUCAUCAUCAUAAACAUAGCUAUAUUUCGCAUCCUCCUUCUCUUUCUCCUUCUCCUUCUCCUUCGGAUUCACCGCCAGACGACGGAGAUUACAUUAAUGAGACAAAUAUUUUCGAUGUGAGAGCUUUUGGUGCUAUUGGCAAUGGUGUUGUAGAUGACACGGAGGCGUUCAAGAUGGCUUGGGAUACGGCAUGCCAGAGUGACGACUCUGCGAUCAUGCUCGUUCCCUAUGGCUACUCAUUUAUGAUUCAGUCGACAAUCUUCACUGGCCCUUGCCAUGGUCAUCUCAUGUUACGAGUUGAUGGUACGUUGAUGCCACCGGAUGGCCCCGAUGCUUGGCCGAAGAAUGCUAGUCGUCGCCAAUGGUUGGUCUUUUAUAGGAUUGAUGGAAUGUCUUUAGAAGGAGGAGGGGUGAUUGAUGGGAGAGGUCAAAAGUGGUGGGAUCUUCCUUGCAAACCACACAAGGGACGAAAUGGAACUACAUUACCAGGACCAUGUGACAGCCCAAUUGCUAUAAGGUUCUUUAUGAGCUCCAAUUUGACUGUCCAAGGACUUAAAAUCACAAAUAGUCCUCAAUUCCACUUCAGAUUUGACGGUUGCAAGAAUGUUCAUAUCGACUCAAUUCACAUAAAAUCUCCUGGUCUUAGUCCCAAUACGGACGGAAUCCACAUUGAGAACACAAAUGGCGUCGAGAUAUAUAAUUCAGUCAUUUACAAUGGGGAUGAUUGUGUAUCAAUUGGGUCUGGUUCAUAUGAUUUAGAUAUCAGAAACAUCACUUGUGGACCAAGUCAUGGAAUCAGUAUCGGAAGUCUUGGUGUUCGCAACUCGAGAGCAUGUGUUACGAACAUCACAGUCAGGGACUCAGUGAUCAAAGACUCAGACAAUGGAGUUAGGAUCAAGACAUGGCAAGGUGGAUAUGGAGCAGUAAGAGGAAUAACAUUUAGCAACAUUCACAUGGAUAAUGUUAGGAAUCCCAUCAUUAUAGACCAAUUCUAUUGCUUAACCAAAGAUUGCAUCAACCAAACCUCAGCUGUUUCAGUAUCAGAUAUUCAAUACACAAACAUCAAAGGAACAUACGACAUUCGGAGCCCGCCUAUGCACUUUGCUUGCAGCGACUCCGUCCCGUGUACCAAUCUAACGUUGUCGGAGAUCGAGCUACUCCCCUCUCAAGGAGAUAUAGUGUUGGACCCUUUUUGUUGGAAUGCAUAUGGAGAUCUUCAAACCCUUACCAUUCCCCCUGUCUCAUGCUUGCAAGAGGGGCUUCCUUCUUCUAUCAACUUAAACAAUGAUAAUGAGUAUUGUUAGAUCCUUUUCCCUAACUAUACACAUAGUUUAUAACAACAUAUGUGAUCAUCAUAUGUGUAUAUAUAUAAAUUAAUCAUGAAUGUAGUUGAAAUGAUGCUUCAUCAAA